AUGUCUCUGGUCCAAGUUUGCGUACUCAGUUCGUUCUCUCUCGCUCUCUGCAAGGUCCUUGUGCUCCUGUUAAGACGACCCCAUGGCAUCGACCUUGAUGGACCGAACAGGGGGAAUUGGCUGACAGGCAAUGUCGCGUCUCUCUUUGAAGGCGGUGUUGACUAUUGCGUGCACAUUGCAGAGAAAUAUGGUGGAGCAGCGAGGCUCCAUGGGCCGCUAGGCGAAAUCGUAUAUGUGUCUGACCCACGCGCAUUGUAUCACAUGGUCGUCAAAGACCAGCACAUCUUUGAAGAGCCUGGCCUCUUCAUCAUGUCAAAUAAACUUGUUUUCGGUGAAGGCCUGAUAUCCACCGUCGGAGAGCAACAUCGCCGGCAACGCAAACUUCUCAACCCCGUCUUCUCAACAUCAAACAUGCGACGACUCCUCUCCAUACUACACCCUAUUUCAGACAGACUCGCAUCUACCCUCGUGUCCAAACUUCCCGCUGAUGGCUCUCACAAAGAGAUCGACGUCCUUCCAUGGCUAUCCCGCUGUGCUCUUGACGGCGUCUGCCAAGGUAUCCUCGGGUACCCCUCCGACACCCUUUCAGCGGCAGAGAAUGACCCGUACCCAGAAGCAUUGCGGAGGAUCGGCCCCUUGAUCGGAAAACUCAUGAAGGUACGGCCGAUCGCGAUGAUCAUCAUGCAAUACUGCUCCUCGUAUUGGGCGAGGAAAGUGCUUGAUUUGGUCACGGUGCCCUGGUUCCCAACGCAGUUUAUGGCAGACGUGUUUUUGGAGAAAAAGGCGGCCAUGCAAGCCAAAGAAAUGCCGGACCCCGUUGACACCGCGUACAGAGAAAGUGAUUCGAUGACGUCGAUGAUGGAUAUCAUGCUAAAGGCCAAUAUCGUGUCGUCCAACACGGAACGGCUUACAGAUGAUGAGUUGUUGGGACAAAUGAACGUCAUGGUAUUUGCCGGCCUCGACACGACCACCUCUGCGCUUGCCCGUUCCAUCUACUUGCUUGCUCAACACUCCGGCGCUCAAGCGAGACUAAGGAGCGAAAUCCGCGAUGUCACAAAGAUACUUGAAGAAGACGGUCACGUGUCAUCCGCAGAACUGCCCUACGAUGUCCUUAUGAGCCUACCGUUCCUCGAUGGUGUCGUCAAAGAGACUCUCCGUCUCUAUCCCUCUCUUCCACUCAUGGGCCGAGUAACGUCCAAAGCAACUACCCUCCCUUUGCAAUUCCCUGCACGUUCUCGGUCUGGUGGAUACACGUCCAACGUCGCGAUCCCAGAGGGCGCUUUUGCAAUCAUCUCCAUCCUCGCUGCGAAUCGCCACCAAGAGAUGUGGGGUGCUGACGCGAAUGAGUGGCGUCCUGAGCGGUGGCUUUCAUCCACUCUUGCUGCUCCCUCGCAAACACAAGAGGUGAGUUGUUCAAUGGAUAGGGAAGAUGCUGCGUCCGCGUCGAGAUCUGCGCCUGUUCUGGGCGUCAAGGAUAGUGUGCGGUUUCCUGGUGUGUACUCCAAUAUGAUGACGUUCCUCGGUGGUAGCCGCUCCUGCAUCGGGUUCAAAUUCGCUGAAAUGGAAUUAAAACAAGCUAUCGCAACGCUCGUGAUGCGUUUGCACUUCUCGCUCCCGACGGAGCGGAACGCACACGGCCACUGUGAAGGAGAUUCAAUGGAAGCUACAAGGAUUUCAUAUUCCUGUCGUGAAGCCACCCGCUGGGGAUGGUGUAACGCCACAAGUACCGCUAAAUGUGCGACUGGUGAAGAAGGAUGA